AUGCCUACUAUGAAUGCCAGGAUCUUUUUCAAGGAACAAGAAAAGCGCAUGAAUUUCUCAGAUGAUGAUAUGGACGACUCCUAUGUCGCUCGAAUGACCGGAGAAAACGAACAUUCCGCAAAUGAGAAGAAACUCGACAAUGGCUAUACUCAGAAUGUUCCAUACGCAUCUCAAACAAGAGGACAUAAGCGUAAAACGGGAAGAUCGACUCCUUUGCGCUCCUCUCCGCGAAUUAAACGAUCGAAAAUAUCUUUGGCAUCAGCCAAUCCCCAAGUUGACGCACAAGACGGAGAUUCCAAUAAGUGCGUUACAGAACCCCUCAUGCAAAAACUCAACGGCCCAUACGUCCUCCUACUGAAUGAACAUAGCCUUUCCAGCGACGACGCUCUUGACUUCUCUUUUCCAGGCGACGUAACGCCAAAUCGUCACCAUUCCGAUUCCAGUAAUCAGAGUUUUCACAGGGCCCCGGACUCUGUAGCCCGAGUCAAAGUUGAACCGACAAUUAUUAUUGACGGGCCUCUGGCUACCAGGAGCUCAAGGCAUACGCGCUUACCAUCGAAAAGCUUCUCUGAUAACUCCUCCGAUGCUUCGACCGCUCCGUCCUCUCCCAUCGAAGAAGCCCGUUCAUUAUCUCUUGUUCCUGCUACAAACGGCAAAGCACCUGAGAAGGAAAAAUCCAUGCUCGAAAUCAUUCUUGAAGCAAAGCAUUCUACACAUCGAAGAGGCGUCAAGAAGCUGGUUCCUCUCGCCCAACUCCAGACUAAACCGAAACAUCAGUCUAAUUCUGUUGACGAAACAUCAAUCAUAGAUAAUUACUCCAGCUCUGAGGCGCUCACUUCGCCUGACAUCGCCUGUUCGUCCUCGAUUGUAAAAGUCGGCUCCAAUUCAGCUGAAUUGACUAAAGGCUCGAUAUCUAAGUCUCGGCUCACUGCGGCGCCGAAACUAGCUGCGAAGUUGUCCGCAACAACCAAGGCGAAAGGCAAAGGAAAAACCACUGUUCCUUCUACAAAACUCACUCCCUACGAGUUUGUCUGUCAGAUACAGCAUGCGCAGGUCAAUAAAACAGGAAAAGUUCAGUUUCUCGAAGGAUUACGAAUAUUCUACUGCGGGAUGGACAUCAACUCGAAACUUUCUGGAGAUUCUACCCAGAAAAGAAUGAUGAUCAUUUUGCGACAUGGCGGAUCUGUAGUCCCAAGAUAUCAACCUGACCAUAUCACACAUAUUGUAGUCGACAAAAAUCUCGGCCAAAAUAGCCUCCUGAAAGCUACGGGUCUAGAGAAACUGACCGAUGUCCCUGACCAUAUUCCUAUCCUCACUUGGCAGUGGGUCGUCGACAUGAUGGAUAUGAAUCCAUUCCUCAACAACGGUAAAGUGCUCAAAAUCAGACAAGUCUCGAGUCUGUUUGAAUAUGGUGCCUAUCCAAAUCGGCUCCCUCCAGUCUCCAUAUCUGCUACAUCCAAAUAUUUUGAGCAGAAGCGCGCUCCGCAGGAAGGAGAUGAAGAUCGCGAUUUUAGUCGGAUAUCAGAGUUUUCGGCCAAUGAUAUCAAGCCAGAAGUUGGUUCCUCUCGGCAUGAGCCUUUGGAAUCCAAGCACGUUCGAAAUACCAUGGUCAAGCUUGCUUCUACAAGAUUACCUUUGGAUUUCCAAUUUCAGAAACCUGUGAAUCAAGAAAUCGUCGAUCCGUUAGUUGAGUUCUAUUUACAGAGGAAGACCAAUGUGCAGCAUCGGAAUGGAUUCGACUCAGACACCGACGGCUCAGACCUCGAGCCUAACUACCAGCCAGCUGGUCUAAAACCUAAGAGGGAUUGGCUUUGUAAAAAACCCAAUCAGAAUGCGAAACCUUGUCCAAACGAAGAUAUCAUUAGAAAACUUGAGGAGCUUCAAGAGCUUCAUAAGGUCAAACCUACCGAAGAUGACCAUUGGAGAGUAUACAGUUACAGCAAAAGUAUUCGAGCUCUGCGCGCGCAUCCAAAACGAAUAAAAUCAUUGGAAGACGCAGAGAAAAUACAGGGUGUCGGAAAGAAAACUGCUCAAAAGAUCAUGGAAAUCAUUGAAACAGGCAACCUUCAAAGAAUAGCGUACGAAAGGACGGAAGACGUCAAGGUGAUUUCUCUUUUUACGAAAAUUUAUGGUGUCGGUAUCCAGACUGCCACCAUGUGGUAUGCUAGGGGUUGUCGAACGAUUGAGGAUCUGUGCAACGGCGUAGGAGAUGUUGCACUGAACGAAGGUCAAAAGAUCGGCAUUGAGUUCUACGAUGACUUGAAUUCUCGUAUGCCUCGUGAAGAAGCCAAGGCGAUUUUCGAGUUAAUAAAACCCAUUGCUCUCCGUCUCGACCCCACACUAUUUGUGGAAAUUAUGGGCAGUUACCGAAGAGGGAAGACUGAUUGUGGAGAUAUUGACAUUUUGAUCACCCGGUGCCCCGACGACGGGCAUACGCAUGAAGGUAUACUUCAUAAGCUUCUUGAGAGGCUUCAUACCGCCGGCAUUCUCACAGAAGAUUUGGCCCUUCCUGAUUACUCCAAGCCUCUCGAAGCCGUCUACCAUGGUAUCUGCCGCCUUCCUAACGUUCCAGGCGCACGACGUCGGCGCAUCGACUUCCUUACUGUCCCAUAUAGCUCCAAAGGAGGGGCUCUUUUGUAUUACACGGGAGAUGACAUGUUCAAUCGUUCGAUGCGACUUCUUGCAAACAGGAUGGGAUACUCCCUCAACCAAAGAGGUCUAUACGCUGGUGUUGUACGUGACCCCCGCAACCGCACUGUCAAAUUGAACACCGGAAACUUGAUCGCGUCAGAGACCGAAGAGCAAAUUUUUAAAGCUCUAGGCGUUCCAUGGCGAGAGCCCCACGAGCGUGUCACCUAUUACCAGGAUAUAGUGAAGGCUGAGGAGGAGAAGUCGAAGAAAAUAACAACAAUCAUUACCGAACAAUAA